AUGCCAAAUGUAGAACAUAGAUUUUGCCUUAGGCAUUUGUAUGCAAAUUACAGAAAGAAAUUCAAAGGUAAGGAAUUGAAAGAUUUGAUGUGGAGGGCAGCCUCUGCAACCACAGUUUGGGCACAUAACCAUCACAUGAAGACACUUGAGGGUUUGGAUAAGGGGGCACACAAGUGGUUAAAGGACAUUCCAGCUGAGCAAUGGUGUAGGUCCCAUUUCAGCCCCAGAAGCAAGUGUGACUAUUUGGUGAAUAAUCUCAGUGAGUCAUUCAAUAACUACAUUUUAGAAGCAAGGGAUAAACCCAUAAUUUCCAUGCUGGAAUGGAUAAGGAGGAAGGUUAUGAACAGGUUUCAAAUUAAAAGGAUGGGAAUGGAGAAAUAUAAUCAAGCCAUAUGUCCAAGGAUCAUGGCCAAAUUAGAUGUAAUGAACAAGGAUUCAAAGGACAGUUUUUCACACUUUUGUGGUGAGUACAAGUUUGAAGUGGACUGCCAUGACACAACCUACACUGUGGAUUUAAAGGAAAAGACAUGUGGAUGCAGACAAUGGGAUCUAACAGGAAUACCUUGUAAACAUGCAUGUGCUGCUAUUGGGCUCAACAAGCAGAAGGUAGAGGAAUAUGUGCAUCCUUGUUACAGCAGAGACACAUAUUUGGGGGUAUACCAACAUAUGAUUCAGCCAAUUCCUGGCAAACAUGAUUGGGUGAAGUCCAACAAUGAGGAAGUCCUUCCUCCCUUCAUGAAAAGGCCAAGUGGCAGGCCAAAAAAAGUAAGAAGAAAGGCUGCAGAGGAGGCUGAGGAUGCAGGGGCAGGUCUGUCUAGAACAGGAAGGUAUAUGUCAUGUUCAAAAUGUUUGCAAAAGGGUCACAAUCUCAGAUCAUGCAAGAAUCCAAUCCACCCAAAUUCUAAGCUGCUAAAGAAAAAGAAUCCAUCACAAUCUCAGGUAUGUAAAGUAACAAUAUUCAAAUUCUAA